AUGGCGGAAUCGAGUGAUGUUUCAAUGGCGGAAUCGAGUGAUGUUCCCAUGGAGCUAACGACAGAUAUUCUGUCUCGAAUGCCGGUAAAAUCUCUGUUUCGCUUCAAAUUGGUAAGCAUAUUAUUGAAAAAUCUCAUGGAAAGUCAAUACUUUUCCAAAAUCUAUCUUGAAAACUCCCUCAAAAACAACAAUUGUUCCCUUAUUUUCAAAAUCAAUGGUACCCUCCACCGAUCAUACCUUGAUCAUAAAAACAUGGUCCUUAAACUCAACAACCUGGUAAUUCCUCGAUCGUUUCAACUAUCACCCGAACAAACCAGAAAACUUAACCAGCAAAAUUCUGCCAUUAACGACGGGAAAUUAGUCUGUGAGAGGAUUGAGGUUGCUGGUUCUUGCAAUGGGUUGGUGUUGAUAUUUAGUGGGUUUCAUCACAUUGCUCUUUGUAACCCUGCAUUCGAGCGAAAGCAUGGAAGUUUCAAGAUCUUACCAUGCAUAAACUAUUCUGGGUUCGAAAUUAAUCCCAAAACUAAUUGUCGAAAUCAAAGGAGUAAUUUCAGGGUUUUUGGGUUUGGUUAUGAUGGUUACAGUCAAUGUUACAAGGUUGUAUGUUUAACUCAAAGUAAGGCUUUUCUUUACACUUUAAAGAAAAAUAACCGUUUAUGGAAGGAGAUUGAUUUACCCUGUUUUGAAUCUACCACUACCAGUAUCAUAAACAGGGAACAAGUGUUAUAUAUCCAGGCAUAUAAACAUGGUGUUGUGACAAACAACCACUUACACUGGAAUAUUACUGAGUAUGAUGAUGAAAUUAAGAAGUUUGCAAAGGAAACAAUACUAAGUUUCGAUCUACACAAAGAAGAAUGGGUUCAAGUUUCUGUACCUGAUGAAUUAAAUCAAGGGUGUACUGAAAAAGAGGGUCUGAAAUUGAAGCCAUAUAUCAUAGAUUUUGGAGUUUUGAAUGGAAGUUUAUCGUUGUUAACACAUUGUUUGAGUGAUGAUAAGAUGAACGAGUUGUGGGUAAUGAAGGAGUACGGAGUUAAAGAAUCGUGGACAAGACUGUGUAAUGUACCACUUCGUAGUGGGAUUCCUCUGGUUUAUCAUAGGGGAGAGGAUGAAUAUUUGUUGCCAAAUUCUAAAGGUUUAGGUUGGUAUUAUCCAAAAGAGGAUAGAUUAAGGAAGGUUAAGUUUAAUGGGUGUGGGUAUACAGAGGAUUUUUACGUUUCUACACAAGUGAAUUUGUGUUAUGAAAGCUUUGUUAAUCCGUUUACACAAUAG